AUGGCUGGCACCUUCUGCCGUCUGCUGGCUGGCCGUGCCUCCACCGCACUGUUCGCAGCCGCGGGCACAGGGGUGCUGACCACGGGCUACCUCCUAAACCAGCAGAAUGUGAAGGCUGCCGUGCAUGAGAAGAGGAAGCUCUUUCCUCCGAGUGCGGACUAUCCCGAUCUGCGCAAGCACAACAACUGCAUGGCCGAGUGCCUCACCCCCGGCAUCUACUCCCGCCUUCGGGACAAGAUGACCCCCAAUGGGUACACCCUGGACCAGUGCAUCCAAACUGGGGUGGACAAUCCUGGCCACCCUUUCAUUAAGACGGUGGGAAUGGUGGCAGGGGAUGAGGAGUCCUAUGAGGUGUUUGCUGAGAUUUUUGACCCUGUCAUUAAAUCAAGACAUAAUGGCUACGAUCCACGGACAAUGAGGCAUCACACUGACCUGGAUGCAUCCAAGAUCACCCACGGGCAGUUCGAUGAGCGCUACGUGCUCUCCUCCCGGGUGCGGACUGGGCGCAGCAUCCGCGGGCUCAGCCUCCCUCCCGCCUGCACCCGGGCCGAACGCAGGGAAGUGGAGAACGUCGUGGUCACUGCGCUCUCUGGGCUCCGGGGGGACCUCUCGGGCAAGUAUUACAGCCUGACCACCAUGACUGAGCGGGAGCAGCAGCAGCUCAUCGAUGAUCAUUUUCUCUUUGACAAGCCAGUGUCCCCCUUGCUAACAUGUGCUGGGAUGGCACGUGACUGGCCAGAUGCCAGAGGAAUCUGGCAUAACAAUGAGAAAACAUUUCUCGUCUGGAUUAAUGAAGAGGACCACACCAGGGUGAUCUCCAUGGAGAAGGGUGGCAACAUGAAGCGGGUGUUUGAGAGGUUCUGCCGCGGUUUAAAAGAGGUGGAGAGAUUAAUUAAGGAACGAGGCUGGGAAUUUAUGUGGAAUGAGCGUCUCGGGUAUGUCCUGACCUGUCCUUCCAACCUGGGCACUGGUCUGAGAGCUGGAGUCCAUGUGAAGCUGCCCAGGCUGAGCAAGGACCCCAGGUUUCCCAAAAUCCUGGAGAACUUGCGCCUGCAGAAGCGUGGCACUGGCGGAGUAGACACGGCAGCCGUGGCUGAUGUGUACGACAUCUCCAACCUGGACCGCCUUGGCCGCUCAGAGGUGGAGCUGGUCCAGAUUGUCAUCGACGGGGUCAAUUACCUUGUUGACUGUGAGAAGAAACUGGAAAGAGGUCAAGACAUCAGGGUGCCACCUCCUCUGCCUCAGUUUGUCAGGAAAUGAUGUUGCUGCUGAUGGUGGCAACUGAUGGUAAACUGGUGGCUGCCAUUCUGAUGG